UUAUUUAUUGAGAAAUAUGAGAUAACUCCUGUAAAAAAAAAAAGCACAGCAUUUCACAUUUCAAAAAGUCACACAGGUGCUACAUUGUUGUGAAUGUACAUUUGAUAUUCAUGAAGUGAAACAUCAGGGUAUAGCCAACAUGUGAUGCAUAGUUGUUGUAUUUUUACAUUUUGACGUUGCCCAAUCCUUUUUGUAGCAUGAAAUAGGCCUACAGAGAGCAAGCAGUAACAUAUGGUUCAAGGUUUAAUUAACUCUACUUGGAAUAAGUGAUUGUUUAGCCUCGGUUGCCCAGGCGACAGGAGAAGGGUGCGCUGCAGGAGCGGGGAUGGCCCCGGGAAAAGUGAUACGCAAACCAGACUCCCCUCACCCAACACCUCCAUCCCACAAGCAACAUCCAGGAGACUGCUGCUCUGUCAGACCUGGCCUCAGUUAUGCAAAGCCAGUAGAAGCUCCAGUUAGAGAUCGAUUAUAUUGGACAUGGUGUCAUUUGUGAACGGAUCCAAGACUGUUUCGAAACGGAGACGCACCAUUUGCGCAUCUCCUUCAAAAGAAGCGCUCACAGCGGCCCAUCAGAGGCAGCCUGCCCGGCACAGGAAGCAGACAUUCAUGUCCAAGUUGAGUGACUCCGGGUUCGAGGAAGAUUUAGGGUCCUCCCCGAUUUCAUCCCCGGCUCGGAUAGAUGUGUCUCCUCUGCGUUCAGACGAGCCUACUUCUGGUCGGCUGUCUAACUGGUACAUGCAGUACGGGGACAUCGGUUUCAAGAUUCAGAUGGACAAAGAGGCGCGGUUUUAUUCCUGCAAAAGCUUGGCACACCAGCCACAAUUGACUACAGAAGCACGCUGUAAGCUUGUCAGCUGGCUCAUCCCCGUACACAAACACCUCCAUCUGUCCUUUGAGUGCUGCUGCCUGGCGGUGAACAUCAUGGAUAGGUUCAUGGUUACCACACCAGUGGCUGCUGACUGCUUCCAGCUACUGGGUGUCACUGCACUCCUCCUAGCAAGCAAACAGGUAGAGGUGUUCUCACCGCGGAUCAGCCAUCUCUUGUCAAUGUGCUGUGACGCCUUCACUAAGGAGCAGCUAUGCAACCUGGAGUGUCUCAUCCUCCUCCGCCUCAACUUCCGCCUCUCUGCACCUACACUGGCCUUCUUCCUAGACUAUUACACCAACUGCAUUGAGGAUGCCCAGCUUGAGUCUGAGAAGACAGGUGGUGGCAGAUUUGAAAGAACAAAUACAGACACAAAGAGAUCCGGGCAGUGCAGCAGCCUAGCACAAAAGGUGUGCGAAUUAAGCCUUGCAGACUAUGCUUUCAACAAAUAUCCACCAUCUUUGACUGCUAGCUGUGCACUGAGGAUAGCCAGUGAGUUAUUGACAACAGAACAAGGGUUUUUUGAGCAUGCAGCCAUCCAGCUACAGGACAAGUGGGGCUAUUUUGUUGAUGAACUAUGUACCCAACCAUCUGACAGCCCUGAUCUAUCUGAGGCAGACUCUCAGGCAGUAAAGGGCCACUUCUUGUAUGUGAGUCAGGGGAAGCACACUCUAGCCCAGGAAUGCAAAGAGAACCUGUUGCUGUUGGUGUCAUUAAACCAGGAGACAAUGGAAAUGAUGUCUGCCAUGUGACAAGUGUGCCACCAGUCAAAUGUUACCAAAAUCACUUAUUCCCCUCCUCAUUGGGAUUUAUAUUCUCCGGGCGGGUUGUAUGAAGGUUACUAUUUCAAAAGUGAAGUCUGAUGUUUAUACAAUCAAAUCAUCAUUUUUACCUCAUUAUGUUGAUCUGAAGGAAUGUUAAUGCAGCAUAAUAGUUUGAUUUAUUUUACUGAUACGGGUUAUGUUUACCAAUAAAGUAUAUUAUUAUAUUCUGUUCAUUUUUAUUCUAUCAGUCACCGUUUACUGUGUCUUUUUGCUAUUGAAGAUAUGUUACUGUUGCAA